AUGGCCGACUUCGAUGCUGCCAAGGCUAAGAUAGAGCGUCUUAAAGAGGUGAAGAGCGCCGCCUAUGAAAUCCUUGAGGACGAGAAGAAAUGUAUCGGAGGGCAUAGAGGGACUGACAAUCUUUUGCCCAUUAAUAAUGAAAUUGAGAGGACUUGCAGACAGAACAGAAAGCAGAAACGGUUAGCAGAGACGGCCCAACAUCAGGGCAAUGUGUUGAAUGGGGACACUGUUGAGCCAGCAUUUUGCACACCCAGAGACUAUGUACUCCCUGCUGUUACUGGAUCUACUGUCCAGUUUGGUGGACUCCCUACUGAGGAUCCCAAUACACACAUAGCCAAUUUCCUGGAGGUGUGUGGAACUUUUAAAUAUAAUGGGGUCAUCGACGAUGCUAUUAGACUGAGAUUUUUCCCGUUCUCACUGCGGGAUAGAGCUAAAAGUUGGUUGAACUCUAUUCAAGCCAAUUCAAUUGCUACAUGGGAGGCAUUAGCUCUGAAAUUUCUUGCUAAAUUUUUCCCUCCAUCCAAGGCUACAAAGUUAAGAGGGGAAAUUAAUAACUUCUCUCAAUUUUAUGGAGAGUCUCUUUAUGAUGCAUGGGAGAGGUUUAAGGAGCUUUUGAGGAAGUGUCCUCAUCAUGGGAUUGAAAAAUGGAUGCUAGUCCAUAAUUUUUACAACGAUUUGUGUGGGAUGACUUGCACCAUUAUUGACGCUGCAGUAGGUGGUGCUUUUAUGAGCAAGAGUGCUAAUGAGGCCUGUGAAUUGCUUGAAGAAAUUUCCAUGAAUAACUAUCAGUGGCCUAGUGAAUGGGAUAGAAUUAAGAAGGUUGCAUCAUUGACCAAGCAACUGCAAAAAAAUUCUAUGGCCACUCAAGUCAUGCAAAUCCAAGCGGCAUGUCAUAAUUGUGGUGGUUCUCACCCAUAUGAGCAGUGCAUGGUAGUUGAGAUGAACAAUUCCAUUCCCAUGGAACAAGUGAAUAUGAUGGAAAAUUUCAAUAGGCAAGCUAAAUAUCCAUUCUCCAACUCGUUCAACCAAGGGUGGAGAAAUCAGCCUAAUUUUUCAUGGAGAAAUAAUCUAGGUCCUCAACAAAUUCAGCAGCUUAUGCUUCAAGCUCCACCUCAGGCGUCGUUACAACCACCGGUACUACCUGUUUUUCAAGAGAAGACAAAUGAGUUACAAGCUGCACUGUUAACUCUGACCAACUCUCAAUCUCAAUUAAUGACAGAAACUUGCUCAUCCAUAAGGAAUCUUGAGAUGCAAGUUGGUCAGUUGACAAAUAUAUUACAAAGUAGGCCUCAAGGAAAUUUGCCAAGUAAUACAGAGGUGAAUCCUAAAGAGCAGUGCAAUGCAAUCUCUUUGGGGAGUGGGGCGAAGUUGGAAGAGUCAGUCAAUAGGUCUAUACCUGCACCAAUAGUUGAAGUUGAGAAUGAGGGUAAGGUAGACGAAGAGGUUAUUGAAAAUCUUAAAAAGAACCGGUCACCUGCACUUGAACAAAUGCCAAGCUAUGUGAAGUUUAAGAAGGAAAUCUUGUCAAAGAAAAAGAAGUUGGAGGAUUAUGAGACAGUGGCGUUUACUGAGGAGUGCAGUGCUAUUUUACAGAAGAAACUACCUCCCAAGCUUAAAGAUCUGUGUAGUUUCAUGAUUCCUUGCUCAAUAGGAGAUACUGUUAUGACCAAGGCCUUAUGUGAUUUAGGGGCUAGUGUAAAUUUAAUGCCCUUAUCUAUUUUUCAGAAGCUGAAAUUGGGAGAAGCUCGCCCGACUACUAUGUCCUUACAAAUGGCAGACUGCUCUAUUAAGCAACCUCGUGGAGUAAUUGAAGAUGUCUUAGUUAAGGUUGGUAAAUUUAUCUGCCCUGUUGAUUUUAUUAUUCUAGAUAUGGAGGAAGAAGCAAACAUUCCCAUUAUUUUGGGAAGACCAUUCUUAGCCACAAGGAGAGCACUAAUUGAUGUACAAAAUGGGGAGUUGAAGCUACGAGUGCAAAACGAAGAGGUAACAUUUAAUGUUUUUGCAGUAACUGAUAUUCCAACUUGUUGUAGAGUGGAUGUGGUAUGUAGUGGUGGUAGUAAUUUGGAAACCACCAAGAGAAAAACCAAUGCUAAAAUUGGUAGUCGAGCAGUUCAUCAUUGUUUGAAGCGGUACUAUAGUGGGAAGGCUCGAAGGCUACACGAGCGGUGGAAGGCUCCGACGAUUAACAACAUCAAAAGACGAGUUUUUGCUUAUGACACUAUGGCUCUAAAGGAUGAGCGAGGUGGACUUGACCAGAGUUGA